AUGGUUCUCAAAGGGGCUUUAGGAUUUGAUGCUGUUCUGAGAUUUGUCAUGAUCAUUCAAAUGACCUUAUUGAGGACUGAACUCUGCCGCUUCAGUGGGGCAAAGAUAUAUCCUGGCAAGGGUAUCAGAUUCAUUCGCUCAGAUUCCCAGGUUUUCCUAUUUGCAAACUCUAAAUGCAAGAGGUACUUCCACAACAAGCUGAAGCCCUCAAAACUAACCUGGACAGCUAUGUACAGGAAGCAACAUAAGAAGGACAUUGCUGCUGAAACUAUUAGGAAGAGACGUCGCACCACAAAAAAACCUUACUCAAGAUCCAUUGUCGGUGCUACUUUGGAGGUCAUACAGAAGAAGCGAGCUGAGAAACCUGAAGUUCGUGAUGCUGCAAGAGAGGCUGCACUCCGUGAAAUUAAGGAGAGGAUUAAGAAAACAAAGGAUGAGAAGAAAGCCAAGAAGGCUGAGGUAACGGCCAAGCAACAAAAGAGCAGCAAAGGUAGCUUUCCAAAGGGUGCUGCACCCAAGGGUCCCAAGCUUGGUGGAGGAGGAGGGAAGCGUUGA